AUGGGAAUAUUGGAUGGAUCAUGGCCCGCCCUCCCCAGCCACAAAAGCUGGGCAGCAGAGAUCUUGCUCAUUCUCGCUGGCAAGGUCCCAAACGUGGAAACUCUCUGCUUCAAUCAUGUUUUCGUCGUCUGCCUUUCCCUGCGUGACACCUCAUUCUACAAUGUGCGCGAGUUUCAGAGGUUCCUGUGCGCGUUUCCGCGGCUCCGAGACCUGAACCUUUCUCUGGUGGACUGGAGGAGUCACCUGCCUGCUGAUGCGCAGCUUGGGACUCACGCGGAUCUUAAUGCGUGGUUCAAGUUGCUCCUGCGUUCUGUGAUUUUCGACGCUGGUGACCUCGUCUUCCAGCCUGAAAUACUGCUGUGGCUUAUAUCUACUCCGUCGACUCAAACGAUACGUCAUCUCGACACCACGGUCUCAGAAGUGGGAGGACCGUCGCCUUGGGGGAGCAUCUUACGCGCUCUGGGAGGUUCUCUCGAACAUCUGCAGCUGAACUUGAGCUUCGGCAAGGAGAUCACAGUAGAUCAGCUGAAUCUCGCGAACAGCGCCGGUCUGCAAGCUCUCAAUUUAAAAAGCAACCAAGAUGGCGCAGACACGGCCGUCUCGUCGGACAUACUCUCGGUUAUUUCGCAAGUCUCUUGUGACAGCUGUCUUCAAGAGCUGCGUCUAGAUCUGAGAGAUCCGCAGUUUCACAGCUGGCAGGAGAUGGCUGCGCUGCUAUCGCGAGCACAUUUCCGCACACUCCGCAAGAUCCCGAUCAAGUACCUUUGGCACGAUGAUCAAUGGGUGCAGCAUGCGUCGUGGAAGCGAUCGGUGGACGAUGUACUGUCGAAUCUCUUCUUUCGCGGGGUGUCUGUGGAAUAUUCCGUCAAGCGGAUUCCUCCAUGCGCGGUGUAA